AUGCAAACUAAAUUUAUUUCAGUGGAAAUAAAAAAAUUAUUAAUACACUACGAAAAAGGGGUUCGGCUUAGACGAACCCGGCGAGAGAAGUCGCGAACUCCGACGCGAUGGAGGAGGAGCUGAAUCAGAAGAUCGAGGCGGCGGUGGUCGAGAUCCUACGAGAAUCCGACAUGUCCACCACAUCCGAAGCCAUGGUCCGCUCUAUGGCCAGCGAUCGGCUCGGCCUUGACCUCUCCAGCCGCGGCCGCAAGCUCUUCGUCCGCGGCAUCGUCGAGUCCUUCCUCGCCUCGCAGCAGGACGAGGAUGAAGAAGCUGCUGCCGCCGCGGACGCUUCCGGAUCCGGUCCGAAGAAAGAAGAAGAAGAAUCUGGGGAGCAAGCGGAAGCAGAUCAGGAGGAGGAGGAGGAGGAGGAGGAGGAGGAGGACGAGGCGGGGCGUUCCAUUAAGAGGAGUCGCAGACCUAAAGAGUUCGACGACGAGGGCGAUCUCAUCCUUUGCCGCUUGUCAAAUAAGAGAAGGGUGACGCUUCAGGAUUUCAGAGGAAAGACCCUGGUGUCCAUCCGAGAGUACUAUAUCAAAGACGGCAAAGAACUGCCUUCCUCCAAAGGAAUAAGUCUGCCAGUUGAACAAUGGCAAGCGUUUCGGAAUGCUGUACCUGAUAUUGUGGCCGCAAUCAAGAAGCUUGAAGGAUCAGACUAAAAGAACUUCCUAAAGAUCGGCGUCACAUGUUUUGAUGAAGGCCUGAGAAGCAUCGGCAUUUUGGGUUAUCUUCAGGCCUAAAUCUUGUGUAGGUUUGUUGUGGAGAUUUUGAAGCCCUUUCUCCGUUCUGAAAAAUUUUAUUUGGAUUUCAAAAGGAAAAAGGAGAAUUGUAGACUUGUAAAAUGAGAAAUUGUACCCAAAAAUUUUAUCUGAUUUGUUGAUGAGUGGGUAUAAUAAUAUUGUAAUCUUAAAAUAA